GAAGAAAGCAGCGAAGAGAGUAGUGAUUCAAGUGAUGUUGAUUCAAGUGAAGAGCAGGAGGAUAUCGAUGUCUGGGCAAGAAUUCAACACCAAGCUAUGGAUAGAUAUCAGCAAGAAUAUGAAGUACUGGUUCAGAAAUACAAACAAAAUGGCGAUACCGAUACCGCAGCAGAAAUCAGAGCAAAUAAUGCUUUGCUUCCCUCAUAUAGAAAAGCGCUGAGGGAGGUUCUGUUUGACGAGCUAAAGUGGAUGCAUCUAUUCAAAAGAGAUCCUAUUUAUAAAAAGAUAAUAGAAAAACAGAAAAACCUUAUGGAUAUGGAGAGCUAUGACUGGGAAGAAGCAACCCAAUCAGCCAUUCAUCAAAGAAAGUUUUUGUUGAACAAAUUGUUCACAAAAGAAGAAGUCCCAAAACAAAGCGUAAACGAAAGAUUCCAUCCCUACAGUCGUAAUUUUAGUGGUUUUGAUUGAAGGCUUGCAUUGCCGGAUAACAUGCUAACAAUAGAAAGAGAGAUUUUGAAUAGCGAAGAGCACUUUGACCAGUCAUCAAUGCAAGGAGCAAUAGAGGCCAAGGAAUAUCUCGAGGAACUUUUGAAUUAUCCUGACAAAGGCCUUUUGGAACAUGAAAUAAUCAUCAGUAUCAAUAAUAAACUGCUCCAAAACGAUAAACUGUGUGCUUAUUGCACAAACCAGAGAAUGACCACUUACCAGGGUCAGGAAAUAUGGUACUGCGAUCCAAAGGAUAUUCAGUCUAGAAUGCAAAUUAUAGUGGAUUAUUUUAAUUAUAAAAC